CACACACAUACGCUUGCAACCAAACGCGCACACACACACCGACACACUAACACGGACGCAUCACCACACUGCCAAUUGCCAUCACCGUCCGGUGCGAGACGAUUACUACCCAUUUCUCUUUUCUGUCCUAUUUUUUUCUCCUUUCCCGACCGUCUUCUUUUUUCCGCACACUUUUCGCAUCACCGGUUACCACGCGCUUCCCGGCCGCCGCCCCCGCCAAUUCGCGCACACAUCAGUAACCGACGCACAAACAACCGCCCUUAAUUUCUUCAACAUGUCAUCCUGGCAAGAUUACGUCGACAAACAUUUGCUGGCAUCCAGGUGCGUCACCAAAGCCGCGAUCGCCGGCCAUGAUGGCAACGUGUGGGCCAAGUCCGACGGAUUUGACGUAUCAAAAGAGGAACUAAGCAAAAUAGCUCUGGGUUUUGAAAAUCAAGAUACAUUAACAUCUUCCGGUAUUACAUUGGCAAGUGUACGCUAUAUCUAUUUAUCAGGUACUGACAAAGUUAUAAGAGCCAAACAAGGAAAAGUGGGAGCUCAUUGUGUGAAGACUCAACAAACGAUUGUUGUAUCGUUGUAUGAAGACCCGGUUCAACCGCAACAAGCUGCAUUGGUAGUUGAAAAACUUGGAGAUCAUUUAGUUGCCCAUGGUUAUUAAAAGGAUGUAAGUGGAACCACACUUUCAAUUAUGAUAAUAAAAGACAGAUGUGAUACUACUUAAA